AUGUUCUCCCGCAUCAACCAAGUGGCACGUCAUCUCAGUCGUCCUUUACCAAAUUACUUGCAUCGUUCCGCAGCAGCAGCAACCAGCAGACUCUCCAGCACUCCAGCAAUCAUGGCUGAUGCAAACAACCAGCGCACCAUCAACACGGCGGCAUGUCUGAUCAUUGGCGAUGAAGUCUUGGGUGGNAAAGUACUUACAAUCAACCCACAGACCGUCGACACCAACAGCGCCUACCUCGCCAAAUUCUGCUUCAGUCUCGGCAUAAACCUCAAGCGCAUCGAAGUCAUUGGCGACGAAGAAUCAGAAAUCAUGGAAGCAGUUCGUCGCAUGUCUUCCAACUACGACUUUGUGGUUACCUCUGGCGGUAUCGGUCCCACUCACGACGACAUCAAUUACCAAAGCAUUGCCAAUGCUUUCAGUCUGCCAUUGGUGCUUCACGACGACACUUUUUCACGCAUGAAGCGUCUCAGCAGACCUCACCCCAAUCAGCCAAACUUUGACUGGAACACGCCGUCUCCUGCACUCGAGGCAAAGAAACGCAUGGUGAUUCUGCCGUAUGAUGAAAAGUUGUCUAGUGAGCAGCAAGUCGUCUUCACAGCCGAGGACCUCUGGGUCCCCGUUGCUGUCGUCAAUGGAAACGUGCACAUUCUUCCUGGAGUGCCGAGACUGUUUGAGCGCAUGCUCACGGGUCUGAAGCCAAGUCUGCUCCCUAGAUUGACCGACCCCGAAGGCAAAGGUGUUUAUCGAAUUAUUAUUUCGACUCCACUGCCUGAGAGUGGUGUUGCUUCUUACUUGACUGAGCUGGCUAAGAAGGUUGAGCCUGAGGGUAUCAAGGUUGGCAGUUACCCGAGAUGGGGCAAGGCCAGAAACACAGUCACACUCGUUGGCAGAAACAAGGAGUACAUGGACAGCUUGGUGCCUGAAGUCGAGAAAGGUGUCCAAGGCAAGCGUGUCACCAAGGAGGGCGAGGAUGAUGUUGAAGGCGAGUCUGACAAGGACACUUGA